CUCUAUUCCCCUUCUUAUUCUCAUCAUCUUCAUCUUCAUCUCUCUCUCCUUGUCACUAGUCACUACUGCAGGGUUCUUAUCUGAUGCUCUGGAACUUACCAACUCCAUACUUAACUUAAUUAAUUAAUUAAUUAAUUUAUUUUCAUCUUCUAUUUUUUCGUGACUUCUCUUAUUACAAGGCAUUUAAGGUAUUAUUUCUUUUAUUCCAAUGCUUGUUGAUUCCUCUAUCGAUUUUGUGAUUCAAGCGUCUUAUCUUGUGUUACAGCUGUUAGCUACUAGCAUUGUGUUUUCGUCGGAGACAUCCAAGAUAUUUCUUACUAGUUCAGGAUACACAAGUGCUUCUCCAAGGAUAAUGUUGGGGCACAAAAAUGUCUUGGAUGAGGCUCGAUUUCAGUAUCAAACCAAUGAAGCAAAUCAACUGCAGUUGUUUGGGAAUAUACAAGCUGGAUGCAAUAUUGACCCUGUUAGUUAUGUUGGAAAUGAGUAUCUCAGCUCCAUGUUUCGAUCUAAUAAACGAAGCAGAGAAGCUGAAGAUAUAUCAAAGCAGCAAAAGCUUCAGAUUUCCUUAAAUUACAAUGUCUGUCAGGACGAAGCUGAUCGAUUGGCAAAUAUUCCAAAUCCAAAUCAAGUGUCAACAGGAUUGAGGCUUUCUUAUGACGAUGAUGAGCGCAAUUCUUCUGUUACUUCUGCUAGUGGUAGUAUGACUGCCGCACCUUCAAUCAUAUUAUCCCUUGGUGACAAUUUCAGAACCGAGCUUGAUAGGCAGCAAGAAGAGCUGGACCAGUAUAUUCAGCUACAGAAGGACCAAUUGUCAAAAGCAGUGAGAGAUAUGAAACAAAAACACAUGACCAGUGUCUUUAAUGCCAUUGAGAAAGGUGUUAGCAAGAAGCUAAGGGAAAAAGAUGCAGAGAUAGAGAACAUUAACCAGAAAAACAGGGAACUAGCAGAGAGAAUAAAACAAGUAUCCAUCGAAGCACAGAGUUGGCACUACAAAGCAAAGUAUAAUGAACAAGUUGUCAACGUAUUAAGGAACAAUCUCCAGCAAGCAAUUACACAAGGAGUCGAACAAGGAAAGGAAGGGUUCGGAGACAGUAGCGAAGUUGACGAUGCCACCUCAUAUAUCGAUUUGAAUAGCUUGAUCAGCAAUCCAGGUGCACGAAUGAAAUCUACUUUGAAGAAGCACCAAGGCAUAGAGAAUCUGAUGUGCAGAGAGUGCAGGGUGAAGGAGGUUUCCAUGUUGUUGAUGCCUUGCAGACACUUAUGCUUGUGUGACAACUGUGAUAGAUAUAUCAAUGUUUGUCCUGUAUGCCAAUUGAUGAAAACUCAAAGUGUCCAGGUGUAUCUGUCUUAACUUGCAAAGGGUAAGUAUUUAAAAGGGAAAAAAAUGGAAUAUGCAUGGCUGUUCUUGUGUGACUUGUUUACCUAAGAUGAAUUAUAAGUGAAGUUAUUGCAAAAUUCACAUCCAUAGAAUAUCAAUAUUCUCUAUUGAGAUUUCCUUGUGUUAACAGCUUUCCUCCUUUUCCUGUAAACUUUCCUAUGGAGCAUCUUUCCUCAGUGUGUUAAUAAUUGAUGCAUCAUGAACACAUGAAGAUUGGGCUGUAAAUAUUCUUUAAACCCUGUUGUUGGUUGUAUAAGAAGGAACAUUUGCUGCUCUAUGUUAAUAACUAUACCGAGUUUUGCAUCAUAUUUGGCAAAAUGGUUUUGAUGAACUAGCUCUUGCCUACACUUUUCUUA